AUGUCUAGAGCGAAAGUGAGAUUAUGGCUUGAAAUUCACAUCUAUCUCCUGAUACUCAUCACUACGCAUAGCGAGCUGACCUCAUCCACUACACACGUAACAAAUGCUUUUACUAGUAAUUUACAUAUGUCUUUUGAAGAGUCUGUGCUAACAUUGUUACUUGUAGGUGAAUCAUGUACUACUGAUUCAUCGAAGGGGAUCGAUGUGAUUACACGAACUUCAUCAAUGUUCGAAGCACUGAUCACUUACAAUUGUUCAUCGAUUAAUUCUUCUCAAUUAUUUGUUUGGAGUAACGGAACCGAAGUCGAUGGUUGUCACGUCACCGAUCAUUCUAAUGAAACAGUUUUUCUUUCGUGUACAAAUAUUUCAAAUCACGCAGGUCGUAAUUGGUCUUUUUCUAUCGUUUCGACAACGCCUUCGGUACUUAACGAAACAUUUGUUAUUACAUUAACACCAUUAUUUCUUCAAAAUUCAACCAAUAUUUCCAUAACUAUCGAUUCAAGUCUGACGUCUGCGUUGAUUUCUAUUCCCAACUGCGAAGAGAUAGCCGAUCUACAAUAUCUUCGUUUUCAAUGUGAUAAGAACAAUUCGACUUCAUCAUUGAAUCCUCUUUCAGCUGAUUGUGAAAUAACAUGUUCAAAUUUAAUCCCCGGAUCGAUUUAUGAAGGAUCAUUAAUUCGAUUGUCUAUGCCCAUUGCAGAUAGAAGUGGUGAAGUGUUCGAAGAAGAUUAUCUCAAUCAAACUUAUAUCGUUGACCUCGACCAAGUGAAAAAUUUGACGGUUGAACUCCAGGGUAACAGUGCGAAUAUUUCCUUCAUUCGUCCUCAUGGAAAUUUUGAUGGAAUUAAUUUGAAUUGCACUGCUGCAGAUCAAAGUUGCUCGGACAUGCCGACUAAUUUAACAGCUAGUUGCUCGAAUUGUACAUCAAUGUUGAUCUCUCCAAUUGAAUUCGGAGUUAGAUAUGAAUGUGAAGCUGUAACAAUUAAAGAAGGCUUUGUCGAUAUCUAUUCCCAUGAAUUGACUUUUUCUACACCUAUUAAAAAAGUAGAUUUUAAUCAAUCUACCUCGAGCGUCAUUGAGCGUAAUCGAUUUAAAUACAAAGUUCUUCCUCAAAGUGAUUUCGAUUACUUCAGUACAAUUUGUAUACUCGAUGCAAAAUCGGGCUCUCCUUGUAAAGAUAUUCGGGUUAACCAUAGUCAAUGUUCAACUGUUCUCAUUCAUGAAGCAAUUCUUGGUUGCGAUUAUCACUGUACGAUAAUAACAAGAAAAUCGAACUACCCAGAGCAAGACUCGAAUAGUUAUUUUCAACAGAUUUUUCCAAUCGAUGCUCCAAAUAUUUAUAAUUAUACGGCGACGUCACGAGCAAUUACUAUUAGAUGGGAACUUACUGAUAAUCAUAUUUUCUAUUCCAAGUUUGAGGUUUUCCUAAAUCAAUCUAAGUUAGCAGACAAAGAUCGAGGAGUAGAUUUUCAUGAAACGAAACGUCUGUUGCCAAAUGUCGACUAUAAAUUUCGAGUCGCACUUGUUUCCAAUCGUGUGCUCAAUUCUUCGUCAGUCAUAGUCAGAACGAAUGAAGAAAUUCCGAAAGAACCAACUGAAGGUGAUAUUCAACGUAAAAUUGUCUUUGACGCAGAUCAUCCACACUCGACAGCAACGCAAUCAGUUAUCAAAUUUGAUCCAACCCUAUUUUCGGAUGACUAUGGUUACGUCAACAGCUAUUCAUUCUAUGUUCGACAAGACCAAAAUAAACAAGGAAUUCUUCCAGAUAUAAAUGGAAGUUACCAAACAGCUUGGAUAAAUUCCUCUAUUGAUUAUUUGGCGAUUUUUCAAUUGAGAAAAUCUGAACGUACAUAUCGCAGUGAUACGAUGCAAUUGAUCAUUGGCAAUCAAAGCCAUUGUCCAAAUGAAUCAAUAGCAAGAGUUCCUUGUAAUGGAAAAUUAAAACCAAAUAGCAAUUAUUCAUUGAUCAUUAGUGCGUGUAAUAUGGCUGGCUGUAGGUUUAUACGUUGGAAAAUGUUUCGUACGAAGGCUGAAAGUCCAGCGAAAGGGUCGAAUACGUGGAUUUAUAUAGCCGUAGGAGCAGGAGGGGUGGCAUUUGUACUUAUUGUUUUCAUUUUUAUACGGCGAAUAAAAAGACAGCGAAAUACAACUGACACAGACAUUCCUCUCUCUCGUGUUGAAUCUGCUCGUACUCCAAAGAAACCAAAGCCACUUUAUAAAUAUGUUAAUAUGUCACAACGGGAUGAGCGAGCAAUUUACAAUGAAUAUCAAGAGUUAGAACGGUGUCAUUCGUCUUGCACACGACCGAAUGAAGACGCGAAAUACGCCGAUUACGAUCGAUAUCAAAACAUCUUCGCUCGUGGACCAUGGUGUCAAACAGCUGUCCACUUGACAGGCGCCGCGCAUCGCUUCAACGAUUAUAUCAAUGCAAAUCACAUAAAAGGUUAUGAUAAUAAAAAAUGGUAUAUUGCUUGUCAAGGUCCACUUAAAGAUACCUGUGAAGACUUCUGGGAUAUGAUUUAUCAAUUUCGUGUGCGAAAGAUAAUUAUGCUAACACAUUGUGAUCAACGAACUCAAUGUCAAUCUAAAUCGAAAUGUUUUCCGUAUUUCCCCGCUAGGAAAAACGAAAGAUUAUCAUUUGACCGUUGGACUGUCACAACGCAAAAAGUUCUAUACCAACGUGAACUGGAUUUACGAAUUCGUUAUAUACAUUUGAAAGGAAUCAAUAGAAAUCAUGGUGAACAUCGUGUAAUUCAUUAUGGUUUCACCGGUUGGAAAGAUUUCAAUGCAAUCGAACCAAGUACCUUACUGGAAUUAAUUGAUACAAUUAACAAUCAUGAUCCUGAAGAAGAAAGAGAGAACGAACCUCCUGAAGUUGUUCAUUGCAGCGCGGGUGUUGGUCGCACGGGAACUUACAUCGCAGUUGAUACAAUUGUUCGUAUGCUUGACGAUCAGUCAAAUGAUUUGCAAACCAUGGAGCUGGAUGUCAUGAGUAUUGUUUAUCAUUUACGAAAAGAUCGAAUGAAAAUGGUUCAAACAUAUGCUCAAUAUGUGUUAGUUAAUCAUUGUGUAGGAGAAUACCUAAGGCGAACUAAUCAACUAGGUCUUGUUGCCAGACAAUUCUCAGGUGACGAUGAUCCCUACAUCAAUAGUUUGGUAUUACCCAAACAAGGCACAGUGCGAUCUCAUUAUUCGAAUAUGUCUGAAAGAAAAUAUUCCACUCAGCGAUCGGUAUCAACUAUUGGCACUCAACGGUCUCGGCGUCAAUCGAAUUUAUCAGGGCAUGAAGAUCGUUAUAUUCGUAGGAAUCACGAGGAUGACCAUCUACCACCAAUACCUCCACGACGAAGCGUCAGUGUACAAAAUUCGUCGGAUUAUUGA